AUGUUUAUUCGUUUUUCAUAUAUAAUACCUCUGCUAAUAACCAUAGAUCUUUGUUGUGGUUUAUAUUUCCAUAUAGCAGAAGGAGAAAGAAAAUGUUUCAUAGAAGAAAUACCGGAUGAUACCACAGUGUUGGUGAAUUAUAAGGUGGAAUUAUAUGACCCACGCUCAGGGGGAUUCAUGCCUUCUUCUCCUGGAAUUGGAAUGCAUGUUGAGGUUCGAGAACCAAAUGAUAGAAUUCUCUUAUCACGGGUCUACUCAUCUGAGGGUAUGAUUUCAUUUACUUCUACAUCACCUGGAGAACAUGUAAUUUGCAUGUAUUCUAAUAGUACAUCGUGGUUUACUGGAUCUCAAUUAAGGGUGCAUCUUGAUAUUCAAGUGGGUGAACAUGCUGUUGACUAUGCAAAUGUAGCACAAAAAGACAAGCUUACUGAGCUGCAGCUCAGAAUUAGACAAUUGUUGGACCAAGUUCAUCAAAUUACUAAGGAACAAAGUUACCAAAGACACCGAGAAGAACGAUUCCGACAAACAUCUGAAAGUACAAAUCAAAGAGUACUUUGGUGGAGUUUACUACAAACUGGUGUUCUUUUAGGAAUUGGCUACUGGCAAAUGAGGCACCUUAAGAGUUUCUUUGAGGCUAAGAAAUUAGUUUAA